AUGGAACAAUGACGUUCCAUUCAAGUUUCCCGAGCGAUGCCGUCCGAAGCACACCGCGUUCCCGUACGUUAAAAAACACAACCCACUUAUUAACGCGAGUUAAUGUCUCAACCAGACGCUAGGAGCGCUGCACUUAACGUCGACUGCUUCGUGUGUGGCCGGGUGCUCAGUAAUGUAUAUACCCUAAAUAAAAACUUUGCUAUAGACACAAUUUUUUUAAGUGGAGUUUCGUUCUUAAUGCACACCCAAGUGUAACAACGCCACUAGAAUAUAAACUCAACGUCAGUGUAGUUUCAAGUGUCCAAAAUGAACUUCAAAAUUACUUUGGUGUCACUAGAGUUCUCUCCUGUUUGUGACAAGUUUGACUGAUCUACAAAGUUACAGACUGUGUAAAUAAAAGUAUAAUAUUCAGAUGCGUCUACGUGCAACUGUGUAAAAAAAAUAAUUCAUCAUCGUAGGUAGUGCGGUAGUGAACAGUUUGAAAUGCUGAACUGAAGAAGUCCAUAAGCCUCGUGGUAAAACGCAGAUCUACAGAUUGUGAGCUUUGCCGUGCGAAGAGUUACGCCAGUUAAGAUAAGCCCCAUGAGCCGGACGGCGGACAGCGGCUGAGAGGAGAGGACCCCGAGGAACCGCGAUGAGCUCGACGGGCGCCGCCGACAGCGCCGCCCUGGUGGCGGGCGAGCGAGAGGACGCUCAGCGACAUGAGGACCAGCACCGCCCGAGGUCGCCGCGCGACGGGCAGCCUCACCUCGAAUACGAGCACGAGCUGCCUGGCGUCGACAACCCUGCCUUCCAGGAUACCAGCGAGGUGCCCGUGCUCCACCACAAUGGGGUGGACGGCGCCGCGGCGGUGCUGGGGUCGCCGGGCGCGCUGGUCGACCUGCGCGUCGACGCCCGGUCCGACGACAAAGGGGUGGCGGAGGCCGUGAACCUGGAGCUCGUCAACAUGAACCCGGGCAACGGCGGCCUCAACGGCAUCCCGGCCAAGAAGGAGGGCGGCGAGGACGCGGCCGAGGGGUACGCCGACCCCUACGACGAGUACUUCGUGCCCGUCAACGAGCACCGCAAGUACAUGAGCGACCGGCCCCGCAUCACCUUCGCCCUGCCUGCGGAGGGCGCGAGCUCCGGCGUGGACCGCGCCGGGCUGUCGGUCUCUCCGCCGCUGGAGGGCGUCGUCGAGUAUCGCGAGUGGAUGACAAAGUCGGCGAGGGGCGAGAAGCUGUACGUGACCAAAGACAAGAGGAGGUCGCAGUCGUGGGGCAGGAUGGUGCUCAUGGGCAUCUGCUGCGUAGUCGUCGCCGCCGCCGUCGUCAUAGGCGCCCUCGCCGCCACCGGGGUGAUCCUGAACCAGCAGGAGGCCAUCGUGGGCGACGCGGCGAUCACCAGCCGGCAGUUCAGCGGCUCGGCGAGCCCCGUGCUGGAGUCGGGCGCCGAGGACCCCCCGCAGGAGGCGUCGUCCUUCUCCCCGCCGCCGCCCAUGUCUCGCGAGCCCGACUUCCCCCCCAGCACGGAGAUGAACCAGUACUACGUGCCGAGAGUGCUCGAUGGAGAGUUUGUCAUAGACAACAUGGAGUUCGAGCCUGAGCUGGGUCAGCAGGACUCGAGACAGUUUCAGAAGUUGGCAUCUUCACUGGAGAAGGAGUUGGAAAAAGCCCUAUUUGACUACCAGUCCCUGCACUAUGGCGCAGCAGACAUCAGUACCAAAGUCCUGCAGUUUUCGCCCGGCAGCGUGGUGGUGAAGUUCCGCAUCGGCUGGCUGUUCAAGGCCGGCCUGCGCAACCCGCCGGACCCCAUCCAGAAGGACGACGUGCGGAGGAGGCUGGAGGAGCACCUGGAGCGGCACGGCGGCUUCCUUGAGUCCUACCACCUGCCGCCGGCGUCCAUCAGGGCCGGGUACGUGAUCGACAUGUGCCAGUUCAACAACGGCCAGUGCUCGAACGAUUGCGUGUUCGACCGCCGCAGCUUGGACUUCGCCUGCGGCUGCCCGCCGGGUCAGGCGCUGGACGCCACCGGGAAGAACUGCUCUGCGGAAAAUCAUGUUCCAGAGAAUGAGAUUGAAGAACAUGAAAUAAGAAAAGGUGUUAUUCAUACUAAUACAGAGGUACAGUCACCUGAAAUUAGGCCACACACAGAAUUACCAAUCCCUGAACCUCAGCCUGGUACAGAUGUUCCGGUGUCGGAGCCAGAACCACAUACAGAUGCACCAGCAGCCGAACCUCAGCCAAUCACAGAUUUGCCAGCCGCAGAGCCUCAACCAAUUACUGACAUGCCAGCAGCCGAGCCUGAACCAGUUAAUAAUGUGCCAGCCGCUGAGCCUCAACCAAUUACUGACAUGCCAGCAGCCGAGCCUCAGCCAAUCACUGAGGUGCCGGCAGUCGAGCCUGAACCAAUGAAAAUUGUGCCAGUAGCCGAGCCACAACCAAUUACUGAUAUGCUAGCAGUCGAACCUCAACUAAUCACUGAGGUGCCAGCAGCAGAGCCUGAACCAAUUACUGAUAUGCCAGCAGCCGAGCCUGAACCAGUUAAUAAUGUGCCAGCUGCUGAGCCUCAACCGAUCACUGAGGUGCCAGAAGCCAAGCCUGAACCAAUUAAAAAUUUGCCAAUAGCAGAGCCUCAACCGAUCACUGAUGUGCCAGCAGUUGAACCUCAAUCUAUCACUGAUGUGCCAGCAGCUGAAUCUCAACCUAUCACUGAUGUGCCAGCAGCUGAGCCUCAACCAAUUACUGAUAUGCCAGCAGCCGAGCCUCAGCCAAUCACUGAGGUGCCAGCAUCUGACCAUGAACCAAUGAAAAAUGUACCAGUAGCCGAGUCAAAACCAAUUACUGAUAUGCCAACAGCAGAGCUUGAACCUAUCACUGAUGUGCCAGCAGCCGAACCUCUACCUAUCACUGAUGUACCAGCAGCCGAACCUCUACCUAUCACUGAUGUACCAGCAGCCGAACCUCAACCUAUCACUGAUGUACCAGCAGCCGAACCUCAACCUAUCACUGAUGUACCAGCAGCCAAACCUCAACCUAUCACUGAUGUACCAGCAGCCGAACCUCAACCUAUCACUGAUGUACCAGCAGCCGAACCUCAACCUAUCACUGAUGUACCAGCAGUCGAACCUAAGUCUAUCAUUGGUGUACCAGCAGCCGAACCUCAACCUAUCACUGAUGUACCAGCAGCUGAGCCUCAACCAAUUACAGAAGAUUCACUUUCCAAACUAUUGUCAAGUACAGAGCUCUUUGAAACUGAACUUGGUCCUAGUAGUGAUCCAUCAAACAUCGAAGGUUUAUCAAAUACUGAGAUAAUACAAAUGGGCCUGCAACCGAUGCUAACUCUGCAGCACAAAAGUAACAAAUCAUCUGAAGCAGAAUUAUCACCAGGUACAGAACUACCUAAUGAGGUACCAGUUGGUAGAGAGUUUAGCCAGUACCAUGCUUCAGUUACAGAAUAUCGGCCAGCACUGCCUGUCACGCCCAAUGAGUUAGAGAGUGAAACAAAUAAUGCAUUACAUGUGUUGGCUCACAGUGAAUCUCACACAGAGCACACUCAGUACAAUAAUUCUAACAGUGUGACUAAUAAUGUAGAUGAUUUCAGUUCAGGAAUUAACAUAAUUCCAGAAGAAGAAACUGAAGUAUUUGGUGAACAUGUUAAUGAAACAGACAUUCAAAGUACAGAACAUCAAAACUUGCUUCUCACCGAAUCCAAUUCUUCAGAAAUGUCAAUCUCGGAUCAGUCGAUGACCACUGAAGAACUACACAGCUCAGAAAAUAGUACAGAAACUCAUCCACACGAAAACGAGCUUUAUAUGGACUAUCGUACUCACUCAAAUCAUCAGAAUGAAUUGGCUGAUUCUUCAGCACAUUCACGAUCUGAAAUGCCAAACUUGGAUGUGCAAGAAAUGACUACGAAUGUAAUGGGAAAUUCAGAAAUAAUCAACACUACUGAGGAGCUACCUGGUACAACAGAAAUUUUACAUUUUCUUGGAAAUGUGUCUGAAAAAGUGGAACAUGGUAGAGAACAUGAAAUGCUGGAUAGCUAUCACCCCAUGGAUCCGUUUUUUAACAUUACAAAUGAAGUUGAUGGACGACGUAAACUCUCAAGAGUUGAGAACGAAGUUACACACGGUGACGUAAAUACCACCCCCUUGGUUGGAACUCCUGACAUAAGAGAAGAACAUAACAUUUCGUCUGAAAUGUUUCCGACAAAUGAUGAAAGAACACAGCUAGAAAAUAAUAUAAAUAAGUACAACCUUGAUAUUAAUGAUGAAACACUUUCAAACUUGGGUGACAUACUAGGUCACAAUGAAAGUGAUAACAAUAGUUUAAGAAAUCAAAGUGAAAAUUAUUUUAAAUCUGGUAAUGAGACAGCUGCUAAAGAUAUAAUUUCCUCCAUACAAAACAAUGUGACGCUGCUUACAGGUGAAGACAAAAAUGUUCUUGAAAGAAAGACACAUCAUGAAAAAGAUCCAUCACUACAAUCUAUGCACACAUUGGUUUAUGGACAAGAUUCAGAUGAAACGCUUAACGACACCAAUGAAAAUGAAACAAGCACAGAGUUUGACGAAAAUUUUAGGAACAUUGUAGAAGAACCUGGGUUUGUUCUCGUAAACCUGACCAAAGUAAACAACCUGUCAGAGUCUGUUUCUGCAACAACAAAUUCUAAUGAGGUGAAUGAAGAGCCAACUGAAAUCCAUGAACUUGAAUCUGAUGGAAAGAACAUGUCAAGCGGUAGCGCUAAUGCCAAGCCAACCGUUGAUGUGUUGCAAAAUAAUGCCACACAGAGCCUAGAUACCACAGAAGAUUCUGAAAAUCAUAUUAAGGAAAAUUUGGCUUCAGAAAAAGAUGCACAUAACUCAACGUUGAAGGACAACCAUAGUAAUUCUGUUUCUCAUGAAGAUAAUUUUAAGAAACGUCCUAGGCUUGAUGAUGAUGAAAUGUUCAUGGCGAAUCCUCGUGAAAACAACAGGACAGAAGUGAUAGACGAAGAUGAAACUAUGUCUGUCUGGCAGCCUUCUGGGGAAAUGGAACAUUCUAAUAUUGUGAAUGAUGAUGUACACAAUGCUUCUGAAGUACUAAACCCUUCAAAAAUUAAUGAAACAUUAAUCAAGGAUGAUAAAGGAGUAAAAGAUGAGACGGGACCACCAAAUGAUGUACUGAGUGAACAGAUUAAUUCAGGAAUAUCUCAUGGCCUGAUCGAUAGUAGACAGAAUGAUUUCAAUACUACAAAUCCUGAGAUGACUGCUACAAGAAAUGAAAAUGGAGUGUCUUCAAACGGGGGUGCUAAUGUUUCAUCACAGGAAAAUGACAUUGAUGACAUCUGGAAUGAUCAUUCUAACAUGACUAAACAAAAUUCAGGGAAUAAUGCCACAGCCAGACUUUCAUCUCAGAUCCCCAUGCAACAAGAUUUUCCUGCAGGUGUCGAGGAACAAGAAAUUAAUGCCAGUACAUCUCCGAAAAUUCCAACCAGCUCAAGUGAGACUUUAGCAGCUGAUAAUGACUUGCUUCCAAUUAGUCAACCUUCAGAGGCUGAUCAGGGAUUGGAUAAACCAUUGUCUGUAAUACCUCUAGAAACAUACCAAGGAAAUAAUUCUACUGAUAUACAUGAAGGAACAAUUCCCUUCAAAGUAAGCAACAUGACAGUUAACUCUGUAGCAGACAAUGCAACAGAACUUCCUGGAACCGUAGGGAUUGUGCCAGAGGAAAACCCACAUAUGCUUGCAACUAAUGAAACGAGAGAUACAGUUUUGCCAACCAUUUAUUUGGCUAACAGUAAUGUGACUGCAGCUACCGUACCAUUGAAAAGUCCUGUGGAAAGUGCUAAUAUUACAGAGAAUAGGAAUACAAUCGCAAGUUCCGGACCAGAAAGCAUUAACAUCGUUUUUCAACCUGAAACAUUAGCUACAGGCUCUGAUACAAAUUAUGGAAUUGUAAAAGAAGUUACAGAGCCAAAAGUUCAGGGAGGUGGGAAUUUUACAUCAGCUGGUAAAAGUGACGACUUGCGCACAUUCAUCUCUGAGGAUCUAGAGAACAAGCUUGUGAAUCAUGUUGAUGCAAGUCAUACAACGCCUUCAACAAAAGAGCAUUUUGUUGAGGUGUUGCGUAUUCCACCAACAACAGACGGGAACACAAUCCCUCCUACUUCGCAUGGUGUUUCACAGUUGGGUGGUGACUCAGUCAUGGAAGACAUGGCAUCAUUUAAUUUGAGCAGUUCACAAUCGCCCAUAGAUGAAACGGUACUUGUGGACAAGGUGAAUUCAGAAGUACUCAUUGAUAAAACAGAAGUGAAGAAAAAGGAUUUGAGCAAUGUCAACAACAGUAAAAAAACAACUAAGGCAACCGAAACUAAUUCAUCUGACGAUGAAGGAACUUCCACGGGAAAAUUAACUAACGGCAUUUUUGAUAAGAAAGGAAAAUAUGAUAAAGAUCCAAAUAGAAAGGUUGAGAGGAUAGCCGUACUUGAAACUAAUGAGGAAGUGCUUAAUAGCUCCAACAAUUCAACGUCAUUGUUAAUGACUUUAACAAAGGCAAUGACAACAGAAAAAAUCCCUGAAGAUCAAGAUGCUUUAGAUGUACAAGAUGAAAAUGAAAACGCUCUGCACAUUAUUUCGGAUCCUAGUGAGGAAAUAAACAAUGUCAGUGAGGGUAACGUAAAGGAGAGCAAGCGAGAAAAGAAAAAAUCGGACAAAACAACUAUAAAAGAAGCAGUGACUGAGAAAGCAUUGAAGACAUUAGUUCUGAAUUCCAAAAAUAGCAGCACCUUUGACAUGGCUAACGAGUCUGUAAUACCUGAGAGAGAGAUUCCUAUCAUUGGUCAAGAGUUUCUUGAGAAUACUUCUUCAAAUGUAUCUUUUGAAAGAAACAACAGUCAUGAUGUCCAAGAUGUCAAAAUCCAUGUUUCAACUUCAGCCAAGGAAAAUGUCAUAGACGAUCAGCCAUCGGCCAACGGCAGGUUGGAAUUGCUGCCAGGUGACGGUGGACUGCCAGAGAAUGUGGUGGCGCAGACCCUGAAAGUGGAGGGGGAGAGCCCCAGGCAAGACGGCACAAGCAUGAACGUAGCUGCGAACUCCUCCGGGUCCGAUCCUCCGAUGGAGCACCCCACAGAGUCUCUGCUCAACGACCCUGUCACCUCCGAGGUUGAUGACACACCUGUUAGGACAGUCUCAACGAUGCCCACCAUAACGGCCAAUGACUUCACCAAGCUGCUGGCGGCCGUCGGAAUUUCCCAGAUGAAUGGCAGCACCCAGGAUGUGGCGUCAGUUACUUUCUCCAAGUGCGCAGCGGGUCAGUUCCAGUGCGCCAACGGCACGUCCCGGGAGGGGGCGUACUGCGUGGGGCUCUCCGCCAAGUGUGACUCCGUCAACGACUGCUCGGACGGCAGCGACGAGGUGGGCUGCGUGGGGGACGGCUGCCCGGGCAACUUCCAGUGCGCCAGCGGGCAGUGCCUCAAGAGGCACCUCGUCUGCAACGGCAUGACCGACUGCGAGGACGGCAGCGACGAGGCGGACUGCGACCAAUGGAAGUGCUUGUUCGACGAGUUCCAGUGUCCGUCCGGCCGGUGCAUCCCGGUGCUGUGGCAGUGCGACGGGAAGCCCGACUGCGCCAACCACACGGACGAGUACAACUGCCAGAGCAACUGCGGGAAUGACGAAUUCCUCUGCCCCGAACUGUGGUGCAUCCCCUUGACCUGGAGGUGUAAUGGGGAGCCAGAGUGUGCCAACGGAGAAGACGAGAAGUUGUGCGACUGCGCGCUGGACCAGUUCAAGUGCGACACGGGAGGCUGCGUACCGGGCUCCCAGGUGUGCGACGGGGUGGAGCACUGCCCGGACUCCAGCGACGAGUGGGGCUGCCUCAAGGUCAAGGACGACACCAACAGCUUGCAGAUAAGGUCGUCGGACGGGGCGUGGCACCCGGUGUGCGGGGAUCGCUGGGACGGCAACGUGAGCGACCUGGCCUGCCGGGAGCUGGGGUACAGCAAGGCGGUGUUCACCGACAUCUCCCCGCGGCCCCAGGACGGCGCCCCUGCCGCCUCGUAUUACGCGCUGCAUCACGCCGGCGACCUCGCGCCGACCGGCCGCCAGCCGUCGCUGCUGGCGACGCUGGCCGCAAGCCCGGAGUGCGACAGCGGCUCCGCCGUCGAGAUAUCCUGCCAGGAGUUCUCGUGCGGGAUCCACAGCUCCGCGGACGGCAUGGCAGCGCGCCUCGUCGGGGGAGACCGCGCGAGCGGCGGCCAGUGGCCGUCUGUGGCGCUCAUGUACCACGCCGGCCACAGGGCCAGCUGCACCGCCAGCAUCGUCAGCCCCGUGUGGCUGCUCACCUCCUUCAACUGCCUCAAGUCCAAGGACAAGGCGCUCGCUCCGGACACGUGGGCGGUGUUCGCCGGAGGCUCCAUGUUCGACGAGGACAAGCCGGAGAGGCAGAUCCGCAAGGUGCAGGCCAUCGUGCCCCACCCGCAGGCAAAGUUCAACCAGUUCGUGUUCAACGACGACCUGGCCUUGGUGCGGCUGGCCGACCCCCUGGCGCUGACGCGCUACGUCAGCGCGGUCUGCCUGCCCGAGGAGGAGAUCGAGCCGCGGCAGCUGUGCGUCACGGCCGGCUGGAGCUACGCUGCGCCCGGAGAGUUGAACUUCACCCCGUACCUGAACUACCUGCCGAUCCCCACGAUAGAGCUGGACGUGUGCAACUCGACCAAGCACUACUCCGGCUACAUCGGCCCCAGCGACAUCUGCGCCGGCUUCCUGGACGCUCGGAAGUCGCCAUGCUAUAACGACGAGGGCGCCCCCCUGAUGUGCAUCAGCGAGGGAGGGGUGUGGGAGCUGCAGGGGGUGCUGUCCUUCCACGGCAACUGCGGCCGGGGCGAGCACCCCGCCAUCUUCAGCUCCGUGCGCAGCUCCCGGGGGUGGAUUGAGCGCACCGUGGGGUCGCGCUUCCAGCACAAGACUGCCUUCAACGUCCGCCGGCGGUAACGUCGAUCCUCGGGAGACAAGACUGCCCAAGCGAGCGUGCCAGAAACCACAAGCGACAAGAGCUGUAGAGCAGGUUCUAAAAGUCAUUAAACCCUUCACACAGUCAUGAUCCCCUCCUUCGCCCUUUUGUUAUCCACGAAAUAGCACGGCCAUUUGGGGGCAGAUGCAAUAUUACUUCUGCUCAAAUGUAAAUUAGGGCGUACCUUUCCACGUCACAUCACAAUUUUCACAUGUGAAUCAUUUGUGCAGGAGUAUAGUGACUUUUGCAGAUGUAGAUUCUCACAUCUGAAAAUUACGGGAGGUUACGUUACAUUCACUUGCGAACUUGGUGGCCGUGAUCGUAAAGGAGACUGCAUCAUGAAGAGAUUGUGACGUGUUAAUAUUGGAACAUUUAACUCGUGAAAUAUGUCAUGUAAAAUAUUUGUUCAGACUAGUGCAUCACACACUCGAAUCACAUAUAAUAGCUAGUGUGUGAAAUUUAUGUUUGUAAAUAGUGGAUAAUAUUAUUCAUUGGACAUGUUGAAUUAAAUGCAAAGGUAAUCAAAAUGCAGGAGUAUGAAGUGUGGUUGUAUACAUUUUGUAAAUUGUGAAAAAUUGGUUUUGUGUGUAACCCUUAGUUCAAGACUGUCAAAACAAUUGUGAUGAAAGUGAUUUAAUUUAAUACUGAAGUGGAUUUGUGAAAAAUGAUUAUUGUUAGUUUGCAGCUUGUCUAUUUUUUUUUCUCACGAAAAACUGAAAACAAGUUACCAGAAUAUUUUGCACUGUUCUGUCUGCAUGAAGCACAUUUCGUUACUAGUUUCUUCUUUCCCUUUUCUAUAUAUCCACAAGAAGUGAAAAAAUAUACUUUUUUUGAGAGUAACAGACUUGUAGACACUUAAAGUUAAAAGAUAAAAGCUCAAUGUACACCAUGUGAAUGCAGUAUGUGUGAACUUUGUAGUUAUAAGAAAUAUAUUGCAGAGUAAUAGUAUAUUGAUGCUGAAUAUCCAAACUCUUGAUAUUUUCUUCUCAUUGACAUUAACAGAUUUUAUGUUCUGACAAUAGGUAAAUGACUGGUAUUGCAUUAUUAAUCACUGUACUUAAUAUUAAUUCUUGUGUAUAGUGUUUGAGUUGAAAUGUGACUUUUUACGGAACUCUAUGGAGCGUACAGAGAAAUGAAUUGACAAUUACGUGCAUCAAGUAUCGCAUGGCAACAGUUACGCUUUGGAGAACUUUAUGUCAAGUGAAAGGUGAAGAAAGUGUUUAUUUUAAAAAUAUAAAGUUUUUAAGUUAGGCUAUUAGUUUUGUAUAUAUUUAACAGAAUGCAAUAAUGGCAACAUACUUUUUUUUUCUAGUUGCCAUGAAAUAUUAACUUCUAUCUGCCCUUGGAAUGGUUUUCUUUCAGUUUGUGCACACAAAAUGUUGGCGAAGAGUUGAGAGAUAUUUUGUUCAGGUGUUACAACACACUAUGAUUAGCUAUAAAAUAAUAGUUGUGUUACGUAUACAAUGUAUCAGUAUACUAUGUAUGUUGGAAAAUUAUGAAAUGUAAUUAUGUUAAAGCUGUAUUAAAAUUGUUCCUGUUGAAUAAUAGAAUUAGUAUGAUGCAUGUACGUACAUCACAGCUGUGGUGAUAUUGUUGAUUGAGAAUAGGUUUCAUAUUCUAACUCCGUCCACAAAGGAAUUGCAAGCUUCUCCACAAUUUUAUUUUAUAACUAAAAGUGCAUAUUUAAUUUUUUUUUCUUGUGGCAGGUGCAUGUAAAUAUUUACUGUAAUAUACAGGAUUUUUUUCUAAUCUGUAUUUUCUGAAAAGAACUGUUACAUUUUCUUGUGUUUAAAUAAAAGUUUGACAAAA